AUGGAUUUGAACCUUUUCACUCUACUAUUGCUACUCAUCAACUGGAUUUAUUGUGCUUCUCAUUCUGGAGGAAAUCUUCAGCCUCAUAUGCCCAACGUGUGUGCAGAGCGACAGCUGAUGUUGGUGGCACAAAGACAGCCCUGUGUCCAGGGCUUCACGCGAAUGGUCAAGGUGUGGAAGCAGGGCUGCUCUGGCCACACCUGGUGUGUGGGAUAUGAGAGGAGGACAGCCUACUACACGGCCUACCGACAGGUGUACCAGCAGGAGUACCAGAUGAUCUACAAGUGCUGCCCUGGCUGGUCCCAACUCAACGGAGAAGCAGGUUGUUUCUAUCCGGUCUGCAGUUAUGGAGUGUGCUUCAAUGGUGGUCAGUGCCAAGAAGGUUCUGCUCAACUCUGCGACUGUCCAGCAGGCUUCAACGGGCCCAGCUGCCAAUAUGACGUGAACGAAUGUGAGGAGACCAAUGGAGGUUGUGAGGCUCUCUGCUGCAAUACCAUCGGCAGCUUCUACUGCAAGUGUCCCAGCGGGCAGGAGCUCAAAGAGGAUGGCAAGACCUGUCAAGAUGUUGAUGAGUGUCAGGUCCACAAUGGAGGCUGUCAGCACAGGUGUGUAAACACCCGAGGGUCUUAUCACUGUGAGUGCAACCCAGGGUCCCGUCUGCAUGUGGAUGCCCGCACCUGCAUUGUCAUCCACUCCUGUGGCAUCAGCAAUGGUGGCUGUGAGCACGAGUGCGUCCCGCUGUCCCCCGUCCACUUCCGGUGCCGCUGCAGGAACAACUAUGAGCUGGUCGAAGAUGGCAAACACUGCAUGUUGCGGAGCCCAUGUGCACUCAAGAAUGGGGACUGCAUGCAUAAGUGUCAGAGUGACAGCGGACAGGUGCGCUGCAGCUGCCGGACCGGCUACAGGCUAGCAGAAGAUGGGAAAGCCUGCGAAGACGUUGACGAGUGCCAGACGGGCCAAGCCACGUGCGCCCACGGGUGCCUCAACGUCGCCGGUUCCUUCACCUGCAUCUGCAAUGCGGCCUAUGAGCUGGGCGAGGACGGCAGACAGUGCUACCGCAUAGCAAUGGAGAUUGUCAACAGCUGUGAGAUUAACAACGGCGGCUGUUCUCAUCACUGUCAGCACUCCACCAGUGGGCCUGUCUGCACCUGUAACCAUGGCUACCAGCUUGGAGAUGAUCUCAAGACCUGUGUGGAUAUUGACGAAUGCGUGGAAGGGAGCUCUUGCUGUGAGCAGGACUGUAAGAACUAUCCUGGGGGAUAUGAGUGCUACUGUGGUGCAGGAUACCGCCUUAGCUCUCGUGGAUGUAGCUGUGAUGAUAUGGACGAGUGCCUCUCGGGCAAUGGAGGCUGUGAGCAUACCUGCCAAAACACUGAGGGGUCCUACCGUUGCUUCUGCCGUCCAGGAUACCGCCUGGAUGAGGAUCGCCGCAGCUGCCUCCAUCUGGACAGGGCUGUGGAGGCACUGAAUGGUGGCACACCCAUGGAAUGGCCCCAUCUCCAGCUCGCCGUGCUUCGGGAAGAGGAGCAGUCGCUGGAGCCCUACCAUGACUACGAGGAUGAGCUGGGAGAGCUGCGUGCAGAGAGCAUCCUGACAGAGAAGUUUGUGUGCCUGAACAACACCUUUGGUCACGACUGCAGCCUCACCUGUGACAACUGCUCCAAUGGAGGGACGUGCAGUCUUGGGCGUGAUGGCUGCGACUGUCCUGAUGGCUGGACAGGGGUCAUCUGCAACCAGACUUGCCCUGAGGGCACCUUUGGACGGAACUGCUCCUUCACCUGCAAGUGUAAAAAUGGGGGGACGUGUGAUCCAGCCAGUGGGACUUGCCGGUGCCCACCAGGUGUGAGUGGGGACACGUGUGAGGAUGGCUGUCCCAAGGGUCUGUACGGAAAAAACUGCAAUAAGAAGUGUAAUUGCGCCAACAAUGGCCACUGCCACCGCACCUACGGAGCGUGUUUGUGUGACGCGGGACUCUACGGACGUUUCUGUCACCUUCCAUGUCCUAAAUGGACUUUUGGACCGGGCUGUUCAGAGGAAUGCCAGUGUGUCCAGCAGAAUACCCUGGAGUGCCAUCGGCGCUACGGCACCUGCGUCUGCAAACCUGGUUACCACGGCGACGCCUGCGAAGAAGAAUGCAGUGCGGGGUUUUAUGGCUCGGGGUGCAACAAGAGGUGUCGGUGUCCGCUGGACGCGGCCUGUGAUCAUGCGACCGGAGAGUGUCGGCGCCAGUGUCCCGCGGGCCGCGAGGGCAACAACUGCGAAAAAGACUGCGUGGAUGGGAUGUUCGGGGAAGGGUGUGUUCAGCCCUGCCACUGUUCCGGGGCUCCUUGCGACGCAGUGACCGGACGGUGUCUCUGCCCUGCCGGACUGACCGGAGAACACUGCGAAAGAGAGUGCGGUCCGGGGUUGUGGGGUCCCGGCUGCGAGGAGCCCUGUCCCGCAUGUGAGAACGGAGGGGCUUGCGAUAAACGCAACGGCACCUGCCUCUGUGCUCCCGGAUUCGUGGGAAGGCUGUGCCAGAGUGCUUGCCCAGCAGGGCACUUUGGCCAGGGAUGCCAGGAGCGGUGCAUGUGUCACAAUGGUGGGCACUGCCACCCUGUCACAGGGCGCUGCACGUGCCCCCCCAGCUGGACAGGCCCAGACUGCAGCAGAGCCUGCGAUGCUGGACACUGGGGUCCAGACUGCGCCAACAUGUGCGAGUGCAGGAACGGCGACGGCAGCUGUGACACGGCGACAGGGCAGUGUGACUGCGAGGCCGGAUUCACCGGGACCCGCUGCGAGCAGAAGUGUCCGCCGGGAUUCUUCGGGCCGGGCUGUCGGCAUCGGUGCCAGUGUGACAACGAGGCAUCGUGUGACCAUGUGAGCGGUGCCUGUACCUGCCUUGCUGGGUGGACGGGCACCUUCUGUGAGAAACCCUGUCCACAGGGCUUCCAUGGCCUGGACUGUCAGCAGAAGUGCUCCUGUAUGAACGGGGGGCAGUGUGACCCCCUUGCUGGAGCCUGUGUGUGUUCUCCAGGCUGGUUUGGCCCACGCUGUGACUUGACGUGCCCGACUGGCUCCUAUGGGAAGGACUGUAACCAGACCUGCGGGUGCCACAAUAAUGCCCGCUGCCACCCGGUGAGCGGGCAAUGCCAGUGUACGCCAGGCUGGACCGGCCCCAGCUGCCUGCAGGUUUGCCCUGCAGGUUUCUACGGAGUCGACUGUCUCCGGCGCUGCCUGUGUCACAAUGGGGGGACGUGUGACCCGGCGAACGGACGCUGCAGGUGUCCCGAGGGGUGGACUGGGCCGGCCUGCGAGCAGGAAUGUGCAGAGGGCCAGUUUGGGGUGGACUGCCAGCUCAGGUGUGAGUGUAUGAAUGGGGGACGGUGCGAUCCGCGCAGCGGGAGGUGCAUCUGUGGGGCCGGCUGGGUCGGGGAGCGCUGUGACACAGCAUGUUCGCUGGGAUUUUUUGGACCUGACUGUGAGGAAAGAUGCGUGUGUGACCACGGCGCCCCAUGCCACCAUGUCUCAGGAGCCUGCCUGUGUGCUGCAGGUUGGAGAGGUCCAUUGUGUGACAAAGCCUGCUUGCCUGGGACGUACGGAGAAAACUGCACACAGCGCUGCACGUGUCCUCAGGGCACAUCCUGUCACCAUGUCACUGGAGAGUGUGGCUGUCCCCCAGGAUUCACCGGCAACGGCUGUGAACGCACCUGCCUGCCAGGGACCUAUGGACUAAACUGCAACCAGGUGUGCCAAUGCUUUGCAGCCAAUCAGCUGUGCCACCCCGUCACGGGUCUCUGCUACUGCGCACCUGGUUACCAUGGUGAUAACUGUGACCUUGAGUGUGGAGCAGGGACAUAUGGGCCGAACUGUGAGUGGCAGUGCCAGUGUUUCAACGGUGGGCUGUGCCAUCCCGCCACGGGAACGUGCCAGUGCGCUGCAGGGUAUAUAGGACCCUACUGUAACAUCACAUGUCCAGCGGGACGCUAUGGGCGGGACUGUGACCGGGUGGCUCUCUGUGGAGAGGGAACCAGGAAUGACCCGGUCACUGGCAGAUGCGUGUGCCACGCUGGGCGGAGAGGAGAAAACUGCGAUCAAGGCUGUGCUCUCGGCUUGUUUGGAGACGACUGCGCUCAACCCUGUAACUGCAGCAACGGAGGACUCUGUGACCCGGUCUCUGGAGCCUGCACCUGUGGACCGGGCUGGACCGGAGCCCACUGCGACACAGAAUGUCCCCUGGGGAGAUACGGCACAAACUGUUCGUUCCAGUGUCACUGUCGCAAUAACGGCACGUGUGACAGGGUCACCGGUGUCUGCCGGUGUGAGCCAGGAUAUUACGGACACCUCUGCCAACACGCAUGUCCCUCUGGCUUCCACGGCCCCCGCUGUCAGCUGCCCUGUGACUGUACUAAUGGGGCCACCUGCCAUCACAGCACGGGCCUCUGCAGUUGCCCCCCAGGAUACCAGGAUACUCGCUGCGAGAAAGUGUGUGAACAAGGGAGGUUUGGCAAGGACUGCGCUCACUCCUGUGACUGCGAUGAUGAUGUUCCAUGUGAGCCUGUCAGUGGCAGGUGUCUCUGCCCCCCGGGGAGGACUGGGGCCAGGUGUGACAUUGACUGCACAGCAAACCAUUAUGGCCCAGACUGCAGGCACGCCUGUGAGUGUGUCCAUGGCGCACAGUGCAACCCUCGCAACGGCCGCUGUACCUGUUUGAACGGCUGGAUUGGCAGCACGUGCCAAGAAGGUGGACCUCCACAACAAUCCUACAGCAGCAGACUGCAGGACCACUCACACAAGGACAACUCUGUAUAGCACCCCUUGCUCCCUGGGCGCAUCCAGCACUGUGAGCUGAAUGCCAGCACUGUGCCCAUGUACUGACCACAGCACAGACACACACGCACGCAGACCGUGCUGGCUGAUGUGUACAGAUGAACUUAAGCAAAGCUGUGGAGGAGGGGCAAUGUCUCGGUGUGAGCCGACACUUCAUGUAAGCUCCACUGGACUUUCCUCAUUGGAGAAUUUGGAGCACACACCUGUUGUGCACACACACACACACAAGUAGCAUUGGUGGGUAAAUGUGGGGUAAGGAAAGACAAAAUUGGACUUUACAAAAAAAAAAAAAAAAAAAGUCAGCGAAAUAGCCGUGAACUGUGUUGUUAAACACAGUGCUUGUACAAAAUGUAUAUGGAUAUAGGGUGUAGCAGAAAUGAGGCCGGGCAGCUAGGAGGGCUACACCUUACCUCCCGUAUUCAGCCACUGCACUGGCCAUGAAAACCCAAGCACUUGUGGAUCUUUCCAUGCGUUGUGCAAAAAAGCAUCUCAAAGGCCCCGCUUCUAAAAAUAGUCAGGAGGUGACCAGGUGUGUGGGUUCACACCCUAAUCCAUUACUGGAGAGGUGCAGCCACCAGCACUGAUUUUCCCCUGUAAUACAAACAGCUUUUCUUGUGUUUUAUCACUAAGCACCCCCACCCUUAAAUGGACCCAACCCUUUACACCCACCACAUGACAUAUGAACUCUAAGCACGGUGCUGGUGCUGCAUCGUCUUCUCCAGUGGAAUUUUUUCAUAAUAAACACUGAGGGCGGCAAGCGUUACAUAGCAUAUACUUUCUGUACCAUGAUAUUGUGAUGCUUAAAGGUCCCCCUUCUAUAGCCACCCUUGAGGAAGCACAUGGACUAGUGCACCUGUGUCAAAGUGUUACCGUACAUGUGGAAACUUUCCAGGCAGUUUUCUCGUAUGCUAUUAAAAUGACAGGGACAGAACCA